AGUCACAUAGGAGGGACCGGAGUUUAUGGUUUUAUGACUCUUGAAUCUAUAACACAGUCAGACACAUCUCAUCCGGGUCUGGUGCUCGGUCUGUCUGCUGGCGAGCUGUGGAUUCAGAACAGGGUUUUCUUGGAUAUUGUGUGGAUUUGAGCCGUGUUUGUCGAUCAUGUCGAUGGGGGUCCAGCUGCUGGGGUUCUUGAUGUGUUUGGGAGGCUGGCUGCUCUCCUUCGUGUCGUUGGUGAAUGAUUCGUGGCGCACGUCGACGUUUGCGGAUCAGCUGAUCCUGUCUUUGUGGUACUAUCAGAACCUGUGGCAGUCGUGUGCUGAGUCAAGCACCGGCAUCACCAACUGCAAGAAGUUUGAGUCCAUGCUUUCUCUGGCUGGAUACAUCCAGGCCUGUCGGGCUCUGAUGAUAAUUGCUCUCAUUCUGGGUUUGCUGGCUGUUAUUCUGGCCGUGAUGGGACUCAAGUGCACUAAACUGGGCAGCACAUCUGAGGAGACGAAAGGGAAGAUCAGCCUGACCGCCGGGAUCAUGUUCAUCCUGUCAGGUGUGUGUGUUAUGGUGGCCGUGUCGUGGUACGCCGUUCGAGUCGUUCAGGAGUUUUAUGAUCCUUUUUAUGGAGGAACAAAGUAUGAACUGGGAGCCGGUCUGUAUCUGGGAUGGGCGGCAGCAGCUCUGGAAAUAAUAGGCGGAGCAAUCCUCUGCACUUCCUUCAAGAGCUCAAGACCUGCACAAACACGGAGUCUCAACUAUAACUACAUCGCUUCACAGCCGCAGAAGAUCUACAGAUCAGCCCCGUCAGAAAACAACUUCUCCAAAGCUUACGUCUGAGUGUUUGCCUUUCCUUUUUUUGUACAAGGAUGUGUGUAUUUUUAUUGUACUUGCAUUUUAGAAGUCAAUGCAUUGAGCUUAUUUACAUGACUUUGUAUGAUUCAUCAGUGAUUAUUUCAUAACAUCAAAGCGUAAAAUAACGUUCUCAGCUUAUAUGAAAAGACUUCAGUUAGAGAUUUUUGCAUUUCAGAUUUUCGUUUAUUACUCAGUUCUGAUAUGAAACACUCACUUUAGGAAUAUUAUAGUGAAAUGAAACCAACACCUUUGAAAAAAUAAACUUUUGUUACAUUAAAUAAACUUUCACUGAAAUUGAAAAUAAACAUAUGCCAGGCAAUAUUUCUUUUUGUUUAGUAUGAACUAAUAGUGAAAUAAAAAAAGAUUAAACAUGAACAAAAUCUAAUAAAAGUGUCAAAAAUACACCACUAAAUUACUAAAACCUCACAAAAUUAAAAUAUAAAAUAAUUCACUAAUAACGGUGCUUUACAGCAUCACAUCAGUUCCCUCCGCUGUACAUUUUUUCUCUUUCAAUCUCAUGUUGUUUUUAAUAUGUUUAUGUCAGGCUUAUGGAUCAUUUUCGUAUAGAAUAUACAUUUUACAUUGUCUGGUGUUUUGAAAAGCUCAUUUUUUCUGAAAUUGCUAUGUGUUUUGUUAGUGUUUCAUUGAAUAAAACAAUUUUGUGCAAACUGUUUUUUUAUGCUUUACUGCAGUUAUCAGCCAAACCUCUAAGGUUUCUUUCUUAAUUCUGUUGGAGACUUUAUUGUUUCAUUGAAAACAGUAUAGCUAUAACUUUAAGUUUAAUAAAAA